CGUUCAUCGAAGCGAACGAAGCAUUCUCAUGUGAUUUAUUUGCCGUACCGAGAAUGUUGUAAAGCUGUCACGAAGUAGAUCGGUGUGUGGGAUACGUUCCAAUCGAAGAUCCUUAUUUUUAUCGUAUCGCAAACCUCCGACAAGACAAGAAAGACAUUUUCUCCGUCAUUAAUUUGAAAUAUUCACGUUAACAUCGAAAAAAGCGUUUCGUUUGUAGCGUUCAUGACAGUAUAAUUAUGCAAAUGUCGAAUAUAGGAAAUCAAAACAAAAGCAUGCUCCAAGGUGCGGAAAAGGAAGGCUAUCGAUGUGGGAUUUGCGGUGGCUUAUUCGGAAAACCCUAUCUGUUGAAAUCCCACGAACAAAAGGUGCACCAUUCACAACAAACGGAAGAUCCAAAUCCACCGCAGCCGCCGCUAAGCACAAUGUCGAUUGUUAUUCCGGCAAUACAAACGCCUGCUAUGGGUGUAGCGAAGGCUCGUGGAGAAACUCCGUUUGCAGUUUUGUAUAUGAUUGAUGAAUUGCCACUGAUUGUGCGGGUGAUGGACCAUGGCAAGUACAACAUUUUAAAAGUAGCCCAAAGCUCUGAUUUCUUUGGGUCUGAAGGGGGUAAGUCUUUUCUGGAUGAAACCAGAAGCGUUACAAUUGCGGUCGUGGCCAUGGUUCAUCAAAAGAUCGAUCAAUACGGUAAACGCUGUUUCGAGAUAACUGGGCCUGUCCCGAGCUUCCAGAAAGAAUCGAUGCCUUUAUCUUCAACUGAAGAAUCCCAUAAUGUUAUACAGCGAUCACUUAGCAGUGAAAAUAUGUGCAAAACUUUAACACAACUGAACGCUCCCGAUUAUUUGCCGUUUGGAGAAGCUUCUCAAAAUGCUUCCAGCUCGUCAGCUAUGCCAUUAAUUGAGAUAGCAGAGCCACAACCAUCCACUUCAGGAAUGAACGUUUUGAAACGAAAAAUUAACCGAAAAACUAAUUCAACGUUGUCACGGAAGAAUCCAAAAGUAAUUGCACUUGUAAAUGAGUCAAAUCAAAAUACUCCAACUGUAGAAUCUAGAACUUACAAAAGAAACUUCCAAAACAUCGCUACGGGAUCCUUACUUUCACCGGUACGUGAAAAUAACCGAAGUAACCGAAUUAGUGUUCAAAAUUUUUAUCAAAUGGAAGUAGAGGAUUCUCUGGCCAACUUAAACGUAUGGGAUCUGAUUCAAAGGGACGAUAAAAUGUUGCUCGAUUCAAGUGACAUUUUGGAAGACAUUGGAGCCUCAAAUGGAGAAAUUUAAACAAAAAUAAUUGGAAAAUUCCCUUAACGGGAUAGAGAUCCAUCAUGCUGUAAUGGUUUGGUUGAAUUCAUUUGAGUUUCACUUUGAGUUAGGGUCUGAACGCCUUUAAGUUCAUCUGAAUUACAUACAAGAAUAAAAGUAGUAUUAAGGCACCUAAUAUUU